AUGUUGGGCCCGGGUGUUGGUGGUGCUGGAAUGACCUCUACAAUGGAUGACAUGAACCUGAUCCAGCAGGCUCAAAGGCAUCACCUUGUAGUAAGAGAAAUAGGCGAAGAAAUCGACUUGGAAAUUGGUCCAGGUGAUGACGACCCAUCGUUUGUCCACAGCUCGCUUCUCGAUGUUCAAGCGCACGAACCCUCUGCAAAAGAACACGCAGAGAACAAGCUUCUGAUCGGGUCUCAGCUCCCAGAUGAAGAUCAAGAUUUGUCAAAGUCACAAUCCGGGAAAAGGAAAAAGAAGGUCGUCAAGAGAUGGAGGGAGGAGUGGGCCGACACGUAUAAGUGGGCCUAUGUGGACAUGAAAGAUGGGACCGCAAGGAUAUUUUGCUCCGUGUGUAGGGAGUAUGGGAGGAAGCAUAGGCGGAACCCGUAUGGGAAUGAAGGUAGUAGGAAUAUGCAGAUGAGUGCUCUUGAAGAGCAUAACAAUAGCUUGCUUCAUAAGGAGGCUCUUCGCCUUCAGCAGGCAUCGAAAGAGAAGAUAAUUGUGGAAAAGCCGAUUUAUGUGAAAGCUCUUAUGUCAAAAACGGCUGGAUCGAUUGUUGAAGCUGCAUUGAGAAGAGAUCCCCAUGAAGCGGAGUUCAUACAGUUUGUUCAAGAAGUGGUUCACUCUCUGGAAAGAGUAAUUUCAAAAAAUUCCAACUCGGUAAAUACCAUGGAACGUUUGUUAGAACCCGAACGUACUAUCAUUUUCCGAGUUCCGUGGGUGGAUGAUAGGGGUGAGACACAUGUCAAUCGUGGGAUUCGUAUUCAUUUUAAUCAGACACUCGGUCCAUGCAGAGGUGGUUUGCGUUUUCACCCAUCAAUGAACUUGAGCAUUGCCAAAUUUCUUAGUUUUGAACAGACCUUAAAAAAUGCAUUAUCUCCAUUCAGACUCGGAGGCUCUUCGGGUGGGAGUGAUUUUGAUCCGAGGGGAAAAAGUGAUAAUGAGGUCAUGAGAUUUUGUCAGAGCUUCAUGAAUGAGCUGUACCGCUAUUUAGGUCCUGAUAAGGAUCUUCCUUCAGAGGAGAUGGGAGUUGGCACCCGCGAGAUAGGUUAUCUCUAUGGACAAUAUCGACGACUUACUGGUCAUUCUCAGGGAAGUUUUACAGGGCCUAGAAUAAAUUGGUCUGGCUCUAGUUUACGCACUGAAGCUACUGGAUAUGGAUUGGUGUUCUUUGCUCAACUUAUGCUCGCCGAAAUGAAUAAAGAACUAAAAGGACUAAGAUGUGCUGUUAGUGGCUGUGGAAAGAUAUCAAUGCAUGUCCUAGAGAAGCUAAUCGCAUACCAUGCGGUCCCAAUAACAGUAUCUGAUACAAAGGGUUAUUUGGUGGAUGAGGACGGGUUUGAUUUUGUGAAAAUAUCUUUUUUAAGAGACAUUAAAGCUCAGAAUAGAAGCCUGAGAGACUAUUCAAAAACUUACGCACGUUCUAAAUAUUACGAUGAAUCAAAGCCUUGGAAUGAAAGGUGUGAUGUUGCAUUUGCUUGUGCUUCCCAAAACGAGAUUGAUCAAUCGGAUGCCAUUAAUUUGGUAAAUUCUGGUUGUCGUAUACUAGUAGAAGGUUCAAACAUGCCUUGUACGCCUGAAGCAGUUGAUGUCCUAAGAAAGGCAAAUGUCUUAGUUGCUCCUUCCAUGGCUGCUGGAGUGGGAGGGGUAAUAGCCGGGGAACUUGAAUUAAGAGAGUGUAAUUUGAAUUGGGCACCUGAAGAUUUUGAAUCUAAACUAAUGGAGGCAAUGAAACAGACAUACCAGAGAGCUCUCAAAACAGCCACAGACUUUGGAUAUCUAAAAGAGAGUCCCGAGGCAUUGGUUCAUGGAGCUGCCAUAUCUGCUUUUCUGACAAUCGCGAGCAGUAUGGCCGAUCAAGGAUGUGCAUAA